AUGAGUACAUCUCAAGAAUUAAAUUAUGAACUUGAGAAAUUGAGAAAACGUUAUUAUGUACCUAGUAAAGAAAUUGAUAACUUAGAACGUUUAGUAUAUACAAAAUCUAUUAAUCAAAUAUAUGAAAUACCUACUAAUGAACUUGAAAAGUAUAAAAUACCUUAUGAAGAAUUUGAGAAAUUUAAACGAAAGUAUGAAAUAUCUGAUGAUGAACUUAAAAAAUUGCAAAAGUAUGAAGUAACUGAUAAAGAUUUUGAAAAUUUGAAACAAACGUAUAAAACAUUUGGUGAAGAACUUGAGAAACUGAAACAAAGUCAUAAAUUAUCAGGAGAUGAGCUUGAGAAAUUGAAAUCAACGUAUGAAAUCCCAGGUGAAGAACUUGAUAAAUUGAAAAUACCUAAUGAAGUACUUGAGAAUUAUAUAUUACCUGAUAAAGAACUUGAUAAAUUGAAACAAAAGUAUGAUAUAUCUUAUGAUGCACACGAGAAAUUGCACCUGAAACAAUUGUAUAGAAUAUCUAGUGAAGAAUUUGAGAUUUUGAAACAAAAACAUAAAAUAUCAGAUGAUAGUGAGGAAUUAAAAUCAACGUAUGAAAUAUCUGGUGAAGAACUCGAGAAAUUGAAACAAAGUCAUAAAACAUCAGAUGAUAUUCUUAAGGAACUAAAAUUAACGUAUAAAAUAUCUGAGGAAGAAUUUAAGAAUUGGAACAUACCUGAUAAUGAACUUAAGAAGUAUAAAAUACCUAAUGAAGAACUUGUGAAAUUGAAAUUAAAACAAGAAAUAUCUAAAGAACUCAAGUAUUUGCAAAAGUAUGUAAUUUCUAAUGAUGACAUUGAAGAAUUGGAAGAUAAAUAUAAAACAUCUGAUUAUGAAUUUAAAAAAUUGGAAAAAUUUAAACAAAUUUACAAAAUAUCAGAUAUUAAGAAGUUGGAAUCAACAUUUGAGGUAUCAGGAGAUAAACUUGAGAAAUUUAAAAUACCUAAUGAAGAACUUAAAAAAUUGAAUCAAAAAUAUGAACUAUCAAAUGACGAACUUAAUAAAUUAAAACUAAAGUAUGAAAUAUCAGAUAAUGAACUUGAUACAUUAAAAAAAAAACAUAAUAUAUCUGAUGAUGAUUUUAAUAAAUUGAAAACAACGUAUGGAGUAUUUGAUUAUGAAUUUAUGAAACUAGAACGAAUGCAAGAACUUAAAAAAUUGAAAACUGCUCUUGAUGAAUGGAAAAACACCCGGUAUAAGGCUUAUAGUCGUUCAAUUCUUUGUCUUAUUAUUAGUUCAAUGGGGCUUGUAAUUAGUAUUUUUCUUUUAUUUUCAUACCAAAGUGUGAUUGAGUCAGGUAUUACGAAUAUCGUUUCAGGAAUUUAUGCAGCAGGAAGCUUAACCAUACUGAUUACAAAUCUGAAAACUCUUAAUGACCUUUAUACUGGAGACAACAAAUCAGGCAAAUCAGAUAAAUCAGAUAUUAAGGAAGAGGAAAUUUCCGAUGAUAUUAUUAAAAGAUCUCUAAAAAAUCAUCCUCAUAGUCUUUAUCGAAAGAUAGAUUUUGUGGAAACAGUUAGAGAUAAUAUAAGUUAUUUAUUGACCGUGCAGACUAUAAUUGCUAUUAUAACAUCAGUUAUUUUAUUUAUUACAUCCAUUAUUGCUAUUUUAUACUGGCUUUAUGGGUCUGAUGAAUUUCAGUCUGCAAAUUAUGCUCUCAUUGUGAUGUCUAGUAUUGGUCUAUAUGAGUCUAUUGGUUUCAUGAUUUGCAUUAAUCUAGUUAUUCAUUCACAGCCUUACAAAUUAAAAAAGAACAUAAUAAAUAACCAUAAGGAUACAAAUAAAGCUAUAGAAGAAGGUGUAAAAUAUGAUGUAAAAGAUGAAGUGAGUGUAGCAGACCUUGAGGUGACAGUCGCUAUAAUGUGUCAGGUAGAAGAAUUAACGAAUUUGGAUAAAGAACUUUUUGAGAAAAAAGUCAAAGAUAUUAAGGAUGAUAUUAAGGAUUCUAAAGUUUAUUUUAAAGAAGAAGUCUUAAUGAAACAAUUUUUUCAAGAAGCUGCCACUAAUUUUAGAAAAUUUGGUGAAAUAUUGAUCCUUUCGAUUUUUUUCCCUAUAGUCUUCAUAUUUGGUGUAGUAUUUUUUGAAGGAGAUUUUAAAUUAAAAAGAACUAAUGUAGAUGAUUUGGAGAUAGAUAUUAUUAAUCAUAAUAUUUCUG